UCUCUGUUCAUCAUUUGUUAUCUUCUCUGGUAGUUAUGGCGACUUGUCCUCGAAUUCAACCCAUGGCCUGCAAAUCUCUUGCUUCUCACCGAUUUCGUAACUCUUCGCCUAUCUCUUCUAUUUCCAACGCCUCCAUGUUUUCCCGGGCGAGGUAUCCAACGGCAUCAACAUUACACCGCUCGAAGACCUUCGCCUGUCGUUCUGUAUCGGUUGCCAGCAGCAAUUUUACUUGGGAAGACGCUGUCCACAUUUCUCUGCCAGAAAGCUUUCAGGAUGAUCCCUCAGAUCUUACCGGCUAUUUCGAGAAGGUCAAGCUCUGCAAUCGCGGAUCAGAUAUGCAAUCCGAAUUUCUUCCAUUUGUAAUCGAUGACCAAAUUGUUGGUCAUGUGCACCACGGCUUUGCUUAUCACCUGAAGAAGUAUGCGAAUGUAUUUACCUUCCCCCGGGAUGAUUCUGUUCGAGUUGGCGCUUGCUUAAGCUUGCAUGAAUCGUUGAAGACACCAGAAGAUAGGACACAUGCAGUUGGAAAUGUAGUCAAAUGCUUGGGUGAAGAAAUUAUUCCAGGUAUACGGAACGAGAUGUACCCUGUAACUUCGUCCUUUGGUGCACCGGUUUUUUUCUCACUUGAACGUGCAGCAGCUACUUAUUUUGGAAUAAAGGUUUAUGGAGUUCAGAUGAAUGGUUAUGUUGAAAAGGAUGGAAAGAAAUUUUUGUGGAUAGCAAAAAGAAGUCAAAUGAAGCAAACUUUUCCCGGAAUGCUGGAUGAAUUAGUAGCUGGAGGGCUGCCUGAGGGCGUUUCUUGCGGGGAGAAUCUGAUGAAGGAAUGUGAAGAGGAAGCAGGCAUACCAAGAUCAAUAUCAAAUAAAGCCAUACCUGUUGGUGCUGUUUCCUAUUCAGACAUCAAAGAUUAUAGUUACAAGAGAGAUGUUCUAUUUUGUUACGAUUUAAAGCUUCCUGAAAGUUUUAUACCGAAGAAUCAAGAUGGGGAGGUUGAAGGAUUCAGGUUGUUGCCCGUGACAAAUGUUGCAAACGUGAUUCGGAGGACACAGUUAUUCAAGCAUAAUUGUGCUCUCGUCAUCAUUGACUUCCUAUUUCGACAUGGGUACAUUAAACCCGAAAGUUCGGGGUACUUGGAGCUACUACAAAGUUUGAAGAGUGGAACCUGCUUCUAAAUAAAUUCAUUCCUCCAAUGCGAGAACUCGGGUCAAUCUUAUCAAACAUCAAACUCAGAUGGUUUAAUAUUACUUAUUGUUGGACCAGAAUUUGCUCACUUUAUAGAUAUUAUUAACUUACAUAUCGAUUGACUAAAGUUAUCUUUAUUGAAAAUGGAAGUUAAUAUCA